AUGACCAAAAAAAAGAUCAUGGUGAUCGGCGCAGGGGUCGCAGGGCUUACUACGGCGCUCCUCCUAUCUGAACGCAGCGGAUACCGCAUCACGGUAGCUGCGAAACAUAUGCCAGGGGAUUAUGACAUCGAAUACGCUUCCCCAUGGGCUGGGGCUAAUUACAUGCCGGUUUCGAUACGUGGAAGCAAAGCGGCCGAAUGGGAUAAAGAGACCUGGACAUGGCUGCUAGAUCUUGCGAUGAACCGCCCAGAAUCAGGCGUACAUCUACAGGAAUGUGAGAUCUAUAGUAGAGCCAAAGAUAAUGGCUCCGCCACGGCGGAUUGGUUUUCUGAGUUACUGUCACCAAGGCCCUGGUUCAAAGAUGUUGUCCCAAACUUCCGGGACAUCACACAGGACACCCUAAUUCCCGGGGUGGACUCUGCUAAAAGUUUCACUUCGCUGGGUGGCGUGGAAGAUAAGUCGGUUGUUCCUGCUCGUGGUCAGAUUGUGGUUGUCAGUAAUGAUGCAGGCAAGAUGGUCAGUAUAUCAGGAACCGACGAUGGAGACGAUGAGGCUUGUUACGUCAUGACAAGGGCCGCAGGGGGUGGUACCAUCCUCGGUGGAUCCUACCAGAAGGGUAACUGGGAUUCUCAAGUUGACCCUAACCUUGCUGUCCGAAUAAUGAAGAGAGCGGUUAAAUUGUGUCCAGCUCUGACUGGUGGGAAAGGCAUUGAACAUCUCGAUGUUAUCAGACACGGCGUGGGAUUGAGACCAGUACGUGAGGGGGGCACCAGGGUAGAAAAGGAGCGCAUUUGUGAUACAUGGGUAGUUCACAAUUACGGCGCCGGUGGGGCUGGCUAUCAGUCGUCAUUCGGGUGUGCACAAACAGCCGUGGACCUGAUCGAGGAAGCAUUGGGAACGGGAGCGAAAUUAUGA